AUGAUCGCCAAGGAACCAGAAGCCACUGGCUCUGAAGAUUGGCAAAAGAUAGCUGCUGCGAAAAAGACCGAACAAGGACGCAGAAUUCCGAAGGAAUGGAAAUUGAAGGAAGAGGUCCUCGCUGCAGCAGACGAUACCACCGACUUACGUCCAAUCGCUGUCUCAUCCGGACUCCUCUCAGAACGUGAACUCCUGAUUACUGGUGACAAACAUGAUGCGACAUCAUUGGCUGCAGCGAUUGCAGCCGGUACUUAUUCUGCUGAGGAAGUCGUGACAGCCUUUUGCAAGCGGGCGGCCAUAGGGCAUCAGCUUUGCAACAAUCUCACCGAGAUCAUGUUCCGGGAUGCCAUCGAAGAUGCCAAGAAUCUGGACAAGGUCUUCCAGCAGACUGGUAAGACAGUUGGACCACUUCACGGCUUGCCAAUGACCUUCAAGGAGUGCUUUCAUGUCAAGGGGUACGACGCUAGUAAUGGCUAUAUUUCGAGGACAUUCGACCCAUCGACUCACACGACUCCAUUGAUAGAGCUUGUGAAGUCCCGGGGCGCGGUAGUCAUCGCAAAGACGAACACGCCUCAAACCAUGCUAGUCGCAGAAUGCCACAACAACGUCUUCGGACAGACAAAGAAUCCCGUCGUGAGUCAUUUGACCUGCGGAGGCAGUAGCGGAGGUGAGGGGUCGAACAUGGCAUUCAGAGGCUCAGCUCUAGGCAUUGGUACCGAUGUUGGCGGUUCAAUCCGUAUUCCAGCGGCAGCCAACGGAGUAUAUGGCUACAAGCCAACCUUUGGUGUCCUUCCCAUGAUAGGAUAUGCGGCAUCCGGUUACAGUGGCGCAAACACGGGUAUUCCAGCUGUAUCCGGGCCCUUGGCCCAUUCAGCUCGUGACCUGUCCUUGCUUGCUCGAGUUGCCCGGGACGCUAAGCCAUGGCAAUUUGAUCCUGCAGUCAUCCAACAAGUCAUGGAGAACGGGACAAAGCCUCGGAAGCCUGUGAUCGGAGUGAUCCAUAAGAGCGGUUUGACACCACAUCCGCCGGUUCGACGAGCGAUACGAGAGGCGGCGAACAAGCUCUCGGCUGCAGGUUUUGUGGUGAAGGACUUCGUACCUCCUGACUUCCAAGAAAUUCGCAGUAUCACACGCGAGCUCUUCACCUUAGACGGAUUGUCUUAUCAGCGCGGUCAAUUGGAGAAAGCGGGUGAGCCGGUAGUGCCUUCAGUCGAGAAGAUCGGUUUCUGGAACAUACCCAGAAAAUCGCAUGAAGAAGCAUGGGCUUUCAACGCCAAGAAACUGGCAAUCCAGAAGGACAUGCUGGAUCGAUGGCAGGCAGCAGGGGUGGACCUCGUGAUCGCUCCAGCCGGGCCUCAUACUGCAGUGCUACCUGGCGAUUGGAACAAUGACACAUACACAGUUUGCUGGAACGCGGUAGACUAUCCUGCUGUGAUCAUACCAUACACCACAGCAAAUCCGGAAGUGGACCUGGAAGAUGUCUCUUUCCUUCCUAUGCACGAUCUCGACGCAGAGGUGCAAGCAUUGUAUGAUCCCAAACUCAUGGCCGGAGCGCCCGUGGCUCUACAACUGGUCGGCGCUCGAUUAGGAGACGAGCAGUUGUUGAAGGAUGUGGAGCUCAUUGACGCUGUUCUCAAGGGAAACUCAUGA